AUGAAUUUCCCCAUGGGACACUGCUACAGACUUGUACCUAAAUAUCGCCAUCCAGCUCAAUUGGAAGAUGUCCUCAGUGUUACCAAGUUCUUUCUACAGGAUGAAAUUCUGGCAAAAUAUGGUAUCGAUCCCACCAGAGUAUGCAUUUCAGGAGACAGCGUUGGUGCAACUGUAGCAGCAGCAGUAACUCAAAUUGUGAUGGGUGAUUCUGAAGUCAAAAAUAAACCCAAGAUGCAAGCUUUAAUUUACCCAUUUUUACAAUUGCUUCAUACAGACUUGCCAUCCUAUAGGGAAAAUGAAGAUGGUCUUUUUUUAACAAAACCACUGUUAAUGAAAUUUUUGACUGAAGCCUUUACCACUGAUGAAUCUAUCGAGCAGGCCUUUGCAGCCAGCCAACACAUACCUGCCAAAUUUAACCAUCUCUUCAAGUUUGUCAACUGGAGUGUUCUACUUCCUGAGAAGUUUAAAAAAAAUCAUCUUUAUACCAACCCAACUUACGGAAGUUCCAAAAUCGUAGAAAGGUUUCCAGCAAUUCUGGAUCACAGAGUCUCACCUUUAUUGGCAAAUGAUUCAUUAUUGGGCCAACUACCAUUAACUUACAUCCUCACCUGUGAGCAUGAUAUCUUAAGAGAUGAUGGUCUCAUCUAUGUUUCUCGCCUGCGCAACAAUGGAGUCCAAGUUGUCCAUGACCACAUUGAGGAUGGAUUCCAUACAAGUCUCAUUUUCAUUGUGGUUCCUUUUGAUUUACGUGUUAGCUAUAAGGUAGUAAAUCUAUACCUUAAGGGGAUAAAUGAGAAUCUAUAA